CGAUACGUUUCUGAUGUUAUCUUCAUAACUUGUUAACUAUGACAACAUCAACUACUUCGGAGUUUUUAACAGCUCUGAAAAAUAAAAAUCAUAAUAAGAUUUUGGAUCUUGUAUCAAAUAGACAGUUAAGCAUGAAAAAGAAAUUUCAUUAUCAAAGAAAAGACAGACUGCAUGAUAUAGGUGAUAAAAUGACAGCAUUCUUGUUGACAAUCAAAUAUUGUUAUAGAGAAGAUGUCACAGAGAAGAUGAUAGCAUCAGGAGCAGAUGUGAAUGCUGUAGGAUAUGAGUAUUCUAAUCCAUCGCGGAAGAGAAUGGUGACUCCAUUGUAUUAUGCCGUCAGUAAAAGCUGUAACAAGGAACUGCUACGGCGUCUGAUAUCUGCAGGUGCAGAUUUAAACAAAUUUUCUGGACAGAUGUUUGAGAAUGAGGAGGAAGGAGGCAGUAUGAACUUUAAUUCCAAGUCCUGCAGUCUGGAUUUUGCGCUGCACUCCCAGUUUUAUGAUUCAGAGGUGAUAGACAUUCUCCUAGAGAACGGUGCCGACUACAACAUCAAGAACGAUUCGUCCAUGUUGCCUCUACAGAUUGCAAUGCUGUACAAUUACAGUGACGCUGUCUUAUCAUUAGUCAGAUAUGGAGGAUGUGCAAAGCCGAUUUCUUACUCGGACUAUUCUCCUCUGAGACUGAUGUUAGAUUUUGAUGAGCUUACUCCAGAUGAUGAGCGGGGGUCGCCGGAGCAGAGUCAAAAAACACAGUCGAGUCUGCUGAGGUGUGUUAACAUUCUUUUAAACGGUGGAUAUGAGGUGUUUAAUGACAGUGAGAUGAUGGACAUGUGUCAGAGUCGAAAAUCUGAGAGGGAAACUGACAGGACUGUUAAAGAUGUUUGUAAAAUUAUAAAUGAUUGGUUGUAUCAACCCAAAGACCUGAAAGUUCUCUGCAGACUUAGUAUUCGCAACAUUUUACAGAACAAUCACACUUGUAACCCUAGAAGUAUAUAUAAGCUACCCAUCCCUAAAUUAUUAGCAAAUUAUUUGAAUUUAUGUGAUUUAGAAUGAAAAUUUUAAAAUGUGUAUUCUUAACACCAUCUCUGACUUUGUACCCUGUAAGGUAACAUGUACAAGUAUAUUUACUCGAUUAAAUACAUGUAUGAUUUAAGUUGAUGUCUUUGCUCUAACUACUCUAUUAGGCUAUAACAAUGUGAUUGCAAGUAAAAAUGUAGUGUUGUUUCAAUCAAAGCAACCCCUUUCCUUUUAUAAUUGAUCUUAUCUCGUAAUAAGAGAUAGUAAUGUCGUAAUAACAGAUGUCAUACAUUGAAAAAUCAUUUUUUUGUAAUAACUAGAUACAUGUAAUUAUGUUGUAGUUAUUCAUGAGAUCAUUUCUUGUAAUUACAAAUUUACAUGCAUUGUACUAUUCAACUUAAUUGUUUUAUAAUUUACGUCAUAAAUAAAAUGACCGUCUUUCCCCCAUUCUCAUGGACAGCGUUAAAAACUUCAAGGGAUACUUAAAGUAUUGAUAAUAAUGUCAAGAAUUUUAUGUUAGGACUUAUUCACCUACCCAGUACCCACCAACACAAUCGGUGAUGGUUUUUGUGAGGUAUUUUGCUUUUUAAGAUUUAUGAUAGGUCUGCCCCUCCUUUACACACACCCAUUGCGAGUUCGACUGUUCAUUCAUAAAAGGGUAAUCGUUCAUAGUUCAUGAAUCAUCAAGUAAAUUAAAAACUCAAAAUUUAUUUUAAAUGCAAGUCGUUUCCAUCCAUUAAUGAUGUAACGACAAGGAGUGGGCCUCAAGAUAAUGAUUUUAUAAAUUAGUGCAAAU